AAAGAUCGCAACGCGCGCACCCUCGAUUCGUUGUCUAUAUAGACUACAGUCUACAGUUUAAAGUGUCUGUGUGUGUGUGUGUGUGUGUGUUUUGUUUGUGUUUUUGUGCAAAAAAUAGAUUUAUUAUACGCAAAGUAGCUGCUGCCCAAACUGAACUACCAGCACAUGCAGCUGUAGCCCCAAAAGUACGCAUAGGUACUACUACUACACCCCAAUAUACAGUGUAGCUGCUGAAUGAUCCACACCCACGCACAGAAGUCGAAACAUGGCAGCUAUAAAUCCAUCAGCAUACUAAAUAAAUCUACUAAGCGACAACAAUUAAGCGGCUGCUCUAUUAUAACAUAAAGUGGAAGUAUAUUUCCGUUACUUGCAUCCGAUUUCGAUCAUUCGACUGCUGAUCAAAGGCAGCGACAAGCUAAACACACAUGUUGCGCUCGAUCAAAUUGAAACUGUUCAUAAAUUAGACGCAACUAGAAGAGAGAGCGAGAGCGAGGGCGAGCGAGCGAUUAUUGAGCGCUGAGCGCACACUUUAGUCGAAGAGUCGCUAAAGUGGAUUUCCGGUGCAGCAGCCGCAUAUGCUGCACCCCAUUGCACUGAGAAGUUUGCUCCUGUUGGCUACAGUAACAAAAAUAAAUAUACGCCCAAAAAUGUCAAGCAGUCGCUCAGUAAGAGUCAAACACAACAUGUUGCUGCAGCAGCUACUGCUGCUGCUAGUGCUAAGCGUUUGUUUAGCUACAGCGCGACGCACUACGAACAGUUCGCAAGAGCUAAGCAAGGAUGCUGAAGUUGCAGCCAACAAUGCUACACAAGUGAAUGAAGAGCAGGAUGAAGCUGAAGCGGAUGAACCGGAGCCCGCGGAUAGCAAAAAGUUUGCACCGCGUUUUAAGAAUCCCAAGCGCAUGAGUCCGCUGCAUACGCGUCCAUCGGGUUCCACCUUAACACUUGGGUGUCAAGCGCAGGGUAAUCCCGAACCCACUAUAAGCUGGUACCGCAAUGGCACGCGCAACAAUUUGCAGCGCGCCUUUGGCAGCUUUAAACGCGUGCGCUGGCAGCUUACAAUGGAGGAUCUAGUGCCGGAAGAUACAGAUCUCUAUACCUGUGAAGUGUGCAAUGAGCUGGGCUGCAUUAGCUAUGAUACCAAGGUGAUGGUUAGCGAUAGAGUAAACCACAAGCCUAUACUGCUCGAGGGUCCAGCGAAUUUGACGCUGGUCAUAAACAGCAGUGGACGUAUGAAUUGCAAGUAUCUGUCCGAUCUGACGAGCAAAAAGAACUGGAUCUUUGUGCCCUGCAAGAGCAUCAAUGAGUGCACCAAUAAUCGUUCGGUGAUAGCGGAGGAUGUUACGAUUCUGGAGUUUAAGAAUGUCACACCCAGCGAUGAGGGCUGGUACACUUGUCUGGAGACCAAUAGUUUGGGUUCUACCAAAAGUCGCGCUUAUCUGCGCGUUGUGCACAGUCUGCAGGUGCUGGAAGCGAAUCUGGGCAGCAUGGUUAGAGAUAAUGCUAUGAUUGCCAUUUUCGUAACCGUUAUCGUAUUCUCCAUUAUACUCUGCAUUAUAUUUGUCACCUACGCUGUGCGUAAGAUGAAGCAUGAGAAGCUGCUAAAGCAACGCAUUGAAACAGUGCAUCAAUGGACCAAGAAGGUUAUUAUCUACAAGUCAGCUAGUGGUGGCGACUCUGGUGGCUCCAUGGACACUAUGAUUAUGCCAGUGGUGCGCAUAGAGAAGCAGCGCACUACAGUUCUGCAAAGUGGCAACGAACCUGCACCCUUUAACGAAUAUGAAUUCCCACUCGACUCGAACUGGGAGUUGCCACGUGGUCAACUAAUACUAGGUGCCACUCUAGGUGAAGGCGCCUUUGGACGUGUUGUUAUGGCGGAAGUAAACAACUCUAUAGUAGCUGUCAAAAUGGUUAAGGAGGGACACACCGACGAUGAUAUUGCCAGUCUGGUGCGUGAAAUGGAAGUAAUGAAAAUCAUCGGACGUCAUAUCAAUAUAAUCAAUCUGCUUGGCUGCUGCAGUCAAAGUGGUCCGCUCUAUGUUAUUGUCGAGUAUGCACCACAUGGCAAUCUCAAGGACUUUCUAUACAAGAAUCGUCCGCUUAGCAAGGAGCAGCUGGACAAUAGCGCGCAGCCGCUGAAUCCUCCGCAACAUAUUAUUACCGAAAAGGAUUUGAUUAAGUUUGCGCAUCAAAUAGCGCGUGGCAUGGAGUAUCUUGCCUCACGACGUUGCAUACAUCGCGACUUGGCAGCACGCAACGUGCUCGUAAGCGAUGAUUUUGUGCUGAAAAUCGCUGAUUUUGGUUUAGCACGCGAUAUACAAAGCACCGAAUAUUAUCGCAAGAAUACAAAUGGACGCUUACCUAUUAAAUGGAUGGCGCCGGAAUCGCUGCAGGAGAAAUUCUACGAUUCGCAGAGCGAUGUUUGGUCCUAUGGCAUUUUGUUAUGGGAGAUUAUGACGUUUGGUGCGCAGCCGUAUCCGGCAAUUAUGUCGGCGGAAGAGCUUUAUAGCUAUCUCAUUAGCGGACAGCGCAUGGAGAAGCCCACCAAGUGUUCCAUGAACAUUUAUAUACUCAUGCGGCAAUGCUGGCAUUUUGAUGCAAGCGCGCGUCCGCCAUUUACGGAGAUUGUCGAAUAUAUGGACAAGCUGCUGCAGGCCAAGGAGGAUUAUUUGGAUGUAGAUGUUGCCAAUUUGGAAACGCCGCCAUCCACCAGUGAUGAGGAAGACGAUGCAUCCGAUGCAGAGCAAUCGCGUUAUCUUUACUAGAAUUAUAUAUUAAACAAUAACUGUAAAUACUCAAACACAUAAGUCUGUAAAUCAUAAUCACCAAAGGCGUUACCAAAAAGCUAAAUCUAUUAAUUAUUUUAUAUUAGUUUAUUAUUAUUACAAGCUACGCUACUUGCAACACUAUUUAUUGCAUUUAUUACAUAAAUUCAAAUUGCAAUAAGCGCAGCUUUACCUUAAACUAUAUCUUAAGCUAAGUUAGUUAUAAUUCGGUUGUAUUUGCACAUAUAUAUAUCUAUAUCUGUACUGAUUUACCUAGUAUUCAAUUUACAACAAAACUGUUUGCAUGCUAUUCGUAGUGCCUUACCAAAAAUAAAUGUGUUG